AUGACAGAUAAUGAUAUUUCUACCUAUAUUUCAUCCAUCUCUCGCCUGAAUGAAAAAGAAUGUUUCUGCCAAAAGGAUGAUCAUCAUCAAUGUUUAAUCAAUUAUGAAUGUUUCAUAAAUGAUUGCCCACGUUUUCGGUGUUCAAAAAUUUGCAAUAUCGGAAAAUUGUCCGAACUGAAAAUACCUUUAGAUACAAGUAUAAAAUUACCGACAAUUCAAUUUUCAAAUGAUGAUGAUAAUCAUUCAAAUGAAUGUUAUCAUCAAUGUUAUUGUAAUUCAAUGGGAACAUUGGUAGAUUGUUAUUAUCAUUGUUUUUCAAAUACUUCAAUCAUCGAGAAACAAGAAUGGAUACAAUUAAUCCAUGAUCAAUUAAUUUGUAUGUCAAAAUGUUCUGAAACUUAUGAACCGAUUUGUUCGCUGAAAACUGGUCUUACCUAUUUGAAUAAAUGUUUUUAUGAAUGUUUUCAUGAUGAAUCUGAAUUCGAAAUGGAAUUCCUAUUCGGCCGAAAUUGUCGAAGAAUUAGUAAUAAUUUCAAGAGAAUUUGUUUAAAAAAACAUAAUAAAGAAGUCUGUAUCAUAGAUGAUUCUGUUCAAUUGUUUGCAAUGAAAGAAGUACGAAUAUCAUUCGAAAGAUUACAAGAUUUAUGUAAUGAAUUUAAUCAAUCAGAAAAAGUUGAAUGGAUGAUUCCAGACGAUCAAAUAACCGUUUGUGAUACAAAAGGACAAGAAUAUUUCAAUGUUUGUACUGUACAAAAUAUAACCGUAUCUUAUUUGGGAAAAUGUCGAGUUUAUUGUUCAAUGUCUGGUCCGGUAUGUGGCCGUGAUCUACAAACUUAUUAUUCGGAAUGUGCAGCACAAGCUGCUAAUGUUUUUGUCGAUUAUUUUGAUUCAUGUAGAAGUGCAAAUACUAAAAUUGACAAAAAAUUCUGUCCAACUAUAGUAUGUCCGGAACAAUAUAUAAAUUGGUUACCAUUUAAUCAAUGUCCAUUCUGUGGAUCGAUAGUCUAUUUUAUUUAUGAUCAAAAUUAUUUCGAAAAAAUUUCCUAUCAAUCUGAUGCAUUAACCUUACAGUAUCUAUUAUUACGACAAAAAUCAUUGAACAUUCGAACAUUAUCACAUCAGUUGCAAUCAUUAAUGGACAACAAUGAUUGUCAAUUAUCGAUACAUUUAUUAGCACCAGGUUUUAUAACGGUAUUGAUUCGAUCAAAAUUCGAAUCAAAUCAUCAUAUUUGUCAAAAAGAAUUAUCAAGAUUAAUCAUUCUAAUUAAAAAUAGAUCACCUAUAGUACAGCUAAAAUUUCCAUUAUCAUUAUUAAAUUAUGAUGAAAAAAUUGACGAAAAAAUUCGUUCAUGGUAUUCAACAACCAUCAAACAACAACAACAAUGGAAAAAAUCAAAAAUUUUUUACAUUGAUUCCGGUAGUAUUACGAAUUCAUUGAACAUUUCAUUAACA